ACUUCCCGGUGCCUGAUAACAGCACCCAGAGCCACAAGUGCCCUGAGCUGUCGCCAUGGCCAGCCUGAGCCCCUCACAGGUCCAGAAGUUCCAGCAGGAUGGAUUCCUGGUGCUCGAAGGAUUCUUGUCUGAGGAUGAGUGUGUGGCCAUGCAGCAGAGGAUUGGUGAGAUAGUGGCUGAGAUGGAUGUCCCUCUUCACUGUCGCACAGAAUUUUCCACCCAGGAAGAAGAGCAGCUUCAGGCCCAGGGCAGCACAGACUAUUUCUUGAGCAGUGGCGACAAGAUUCGAUUCUUCUUUGAGAAAGGCGUUUUUGACAAGAAAGGAAAUUUCCUGGUCCCUCCAGAGAAAUCCAUCAACAAAAUUGGCCAUGCGCUGCACGCUCAUGACCCUGUCUUCAGGAGUGUCACACACUCCCCCAAAGUACAGGCCUUGGCCAGAAGUCUGGGCCUCCAGAUGCCCGUGGUGGUACAGAGCAUGUACAUCUUUAAGCAACCUCACAUUGGCGGCGAAGGUGAGCUCAGAGCCAGCUGUGGGGCCCAGCAGAGGGCAUGGAUGGGACAUGUGGGACAUCAGUGCCUGGCAGGCACCCAGACUUUCUGGAACAACUACCCAAUUUCCCAGUCUUACUCACUGGGAGAACCAUCUGUUUCCCCUCACCAGGACACUACCUUCCUGUACACGGAGCCACUGGGCCGGGUGCUGGGCAUAUGGUUUGCGCUGGAGGACGCCACGCUGGAGAAUGGCUGUCUCUGGUUCAUCCCUGGCUCCCACACCAGUGGUGUGUCCAGAAGGAUGGUCUGGGCCCCUGCUGGCUCAGCGCCUGGUACCAGCUUCCUCGGGUCUGAGCCUGAACGGGACAACAGCCUCUUUGUGGCCACGCCUGUCCGGAGAGGGGCCAUGGUCUUAAUCCAUGGAGAAGUGGUACACAAGAGCGAGCAGAACCUCUCUGCCUGGUCGCGCCAUGUGUAUACGUUCCACCUCAUGGAUGCUGCUGGAACUGUAUGGAGCCCAGAGAACUGGCUCCAGCCAACAGCUGAGCUGCCCUUCCCCCCGCUGUACACCUAAAAGCCUCUCACAUAGGGCUCUGGCCCUAUCUGCUCUCAAGUGAGGCUUCAGCUAUGAACACCAGCACCUUGCUUGGCCCCCAGGCUACAAUAGGGAAAUUAUAUCAGCCCUGUGGACAGCAGGCAAGAGACAGAAGUGACGGGGCAGCAGCCUGGGCUAGGUUGAAUGUUUCCCAAAUUUUGUCUCUCUGUCUCCCCAUUGCCCCAACACAAUCUCCUCCUUGAGGAGAUUUCACACAUGAAAGUGCUCUGGUCUCUUCUUUCUCCUGUUUCCUCUCCGAUUGAACUCUGGUUGUUAUGGUGUAAGAUACUGAAUAAAAAUGACUCCUGAACACA